UGCUUUUUCGAACUGCACAAGGGCCUUUUCUUAGGCGUUGGACUCACAACAGCUGUUCAAAUUUCGUCUUCUUAGAGUUAUAAUAACAAUUGAGAGGAAAACGACAAAAUAAUGGAUCUAAACGACCUUCCGGAUUAUACCCUUUGACCGGCAGUUUCACUGAUUUUGGGAAGUUGAUAAAAAUGACACCGCGCAUUGUAUUUCUACUCGAAACAAUGGAGUUAAUAUAAUUAUCUUGAUUGGCUUUUUAUAUAUAUAUUUUAAGAGAGAAAACCACCUUUCCCUCCUCUUUCUCUGUAAAGAUAAUGAAAAUGGAGAAGAUAGCUAGCAUAUGUGGAAACCCAAAAGCCUCGUCGUUUCGCGGUUCUCAAUCUGAUCAGAAGCCCGUCAUUCCUGCCUCUUCUUUGUCCCUCAAAUCUGUGUUACUGGACGAUUGGUGGCUGGUUAAGUCCGAGAACAAAGGGAUUGCUGUUGCUGGGUUUGCUUUAAGCGACUUAGGAGAAAGACUCUUUUACUCUGCACCAAUAUCCAGGAGAAUCAAUGCCACCACUCUUGAAACCAGGGAUGGAAUCACAAUUGCAAUAAACGGCUUCAUAAAUAGGUGCCGAACGCUUCAAAGUGGCUUUUCAGUUCUGGUUUGCAAUCAUUUCCAGAUUGGGUUUCCAUUUGAAUGGGAAGGGUGCCUUGCUCAAUUUUAUGUGGAAGAAUCUGCUAAAAGAGAUUCUACAAGUAGAAAAAAUGUGCCUAGAUUAAAGUGCCUAGAUUUUAAAUCCAAAAUACUGACCUGUCAUCUUUGACCUGUCAUCUUUGGAUGAGCUCCCAGCAACAAGCAUACGUGAUCUUGUUAUGCGCCUUGCUGAGGAUUCUGAAAAUCUUAGUUGUGAUGAUACACUGGGAAAGUUGUCAGACACAUUCCAACAUACUCCAAUGUACCAUUCCAACUUGGAAAGUGAAGGUCCACAAGUGACUGUAAAUUCUGAAGUGGAUCAAACUGUGAAAAAUCAUAAGAAGGCAAAGACUUAUCAGAUGCACAAAGAACUUACCCGAAGUACAGGUGUUGUAACAAGAAGUAGGUACAGAUCAAAGAA